CGACCGGCAUCACCCGCAACCUCUCCUGCAUCAAAAACAUCGAAAGAACUCGACGACGACACCAUCGCUCUCAUUUGUUUGCUUCCCGCCUUCUCGUGCACAGCGAACUAAAUCAGAGACGCCGGAAAAUGUCGUUCAUCUUCACGAUCCGCGCCGGUCCCGCGCGACUCGCAGCUCGGGCGCCGCAGCUCGCCGUCCGCGCGUUCCACCAGUCCGCCCCCAAGAACAGCUUCUUCACGCCGAGGACUGCCUCGCUGGCCUUCCGCGCCAGCACCAAGAACUCCAGCAACGGCAUCCUGUCGCGGCUUCAGGGCGCCUCGCGCGGCUACCACGCUCAGUAUGACUCGGUCUACGUCGACCCGGCCGCCCGCCGCGCCGAGCUGCUCCGCAAGCUCCUCAUCGGCGGCGCCAUCUUCGGCGGCACCCUCGUCACCGCCAACGUCGUCUUCAACCGCGAGACCCGCGAAGAUGGCGGCCUGCCGCCUUAUGAGCGCUCCUACCUCAACCGCACCUUCCUGCACACCGGUCUCGGCGUCGGCAUCAUCGGCCUGACGGCCUACCAGAUGGUCCAGAGCGGCUUUGUGUACCGCAUCAUGGUCACGAACCCGUGGAUCGUCGGCAUCGGUGGUCUCGCCCUCAGCAUCGGCAGCAUGGUCGCCACCCGCGCGAUUGAGCCCGAGAACUACAUCCCCAAGUACGCCUGCUGGGCCGCCUUCAACGCGACGCAGGCCGCGCUCAUCGCCCCGCUGAUGACCAUCGCCCCGCCCGCCCUGCUCGCCCGCGCCGGUCUGUACACGGUCGCCAUGAUGGGUAGCAUCUCGUUCGUCGGCGCCACCGCCAAGCAGGACAAGUACCUCUACAUCGGCGGGCCGCUGCUGGCCGGCGCCGCCAUCGUGGCCGUCUCCGGCUUCGCGCCGCUGGUGCUGCCCGCCACGGCCGUCCGCACGCUGGCCUUCACCGAGAACCUCUGGCUGUACGGCGGCCUGGCCCUCUUCGGCGGCUUCACGCUGUACGACGUGCAGAAGGUGCUGUACCACGCGCGGGCGGCCCAGCGCGGCGUCAUCAAGGAGGACCCCAUCAACGAGAGCAUCAGCCUUGAGCUCGACUUCCUCAACAUCUUCAUCCGCAUGGUGCAGAUCCUGAUGAUGCAGCAGAACCGGAGGAAGUAAGAGGCGCGCGCGGUAGGGGGAUGGGUUCUGUGAGAUUGGAGUCUGGUAGGGACGGUAGGGACAGUUGGUUGGCUUGAUCGAUGGGAUAACAAGCGAGCAAUUCUCUACUCGGUGUUUUCUUUGUUUGUUUGUGUCUUGCAGAUUUGCCGCUCAUUUUGGGGGCAGGGAGGGAGCUAAGGCAUCGGUACGCCGAGCCGUUGUAUCAGCUAGGUAGUCAUUUCUGGCCGUAACCAGAUCGCGACAAAAAAACAUGCAAAAACAUUUUAAACUUGCCAACCGCAACCAAUGCCUACAACAACCGUCAAGCAUGCCACCCAGUAUUCCGUACAUAUCAUCCACUGCCGUCCAACAGCCUCCCUCCGCAACACCCACCUUCCUCUCCCCAUCGCUGUAGGGGCCGCAGCUCACUUCAAGUCAGGAAAAUUCCUCAAAAAAUGGCUCGGACACUCGUAGCCCCCGGGGUUCUUCUGCAGAUACAGCUGGUGGUACUCCUCGGCAUCCCACCACCGGCCGGCCGGCAGGAUCUGCGUGACGAUGCGCCCGCCCCACCACUGCGCGUUCGCGCGCGCCGUCACGUCGCGCGCCGCCGCCUCCUGCGCCGGCGUGUGGAAGAAGAUGCCCGACCGGUACUGCGUGCCGCGGUCCGGCCCCUGCUGGUUAAGCGUCGUCGGGUCGUGCAUCCGGUAGAAGAAUUCCAGGAGCUGCGUGUAGCUGAUCCGGCUUGGGUCGUAGAGGAGUUGCGUUGCUUCCGCGUGCCCCGUGUUGCCGCUGCACACCAGCUUGUACGACGGGUCGGCCGUGUCGCCACCGAUGUAGCCCACGCGCGCGUCGUACAGGCCCUUGUCGCCAAAGUGCUUGCGGAAGAGGUGCUCGACGCCCCAGAAGCAGCCGGCCGCGAAGGUGGCGCGCUCGGCGCCCUCGGGCGCCGUCAUGGGCGCCGCGGGCGCCAAUGCGCUGCCGGAGGGGGAGAUUCCCAUCUUGGUCGACGUCGUGAACGGGCGAAGCAGGCGGGUGAGGAAUCGCG